AUGUCAUUGGAGAAGUUAAGUGAAAAUGUUGAGAGUCCUUUCUUGAGUCGUAUCCUUGGGACCAGUACUGUUUUCCGGGGACUUGAAUCCCAUAGACCACCACUCAGAGGCCUUCUCUUGCCGAAGAGAAUCAAGGAGCACUUUCAACAUGGGCAGGAUGCCAUGUCCAGUGGGGAGUGGGAGAAGGCUGUGCUCUCCUUCUCCAAAGCCAUCAACCUUAAUCCCGAGCUGGUGGAAGCUUAUGUGCUUCGGGCUGAGGCCUAUAUCCAGCUGUGUGACUUUUCCUCAGCAUCCCAGAACCUUCGAAAGGCUGCCGGGUUAGCCCCAUACCGGCCCCAGUUAAUAGACCGCCUCUGCUUUGUCCUGUAUGUCCAGGGCCAGUGUCUCUUUGAAGAGGAAUCAUACCUGAAAGCCUUAGAUCUGUUCACCCAGGCUUCAGAGCUGCAGCCUUUCAAAUCCUCCUACCGCUUUCGCAGUAUUGCUUGCCUUUUGGCCAUGAAAAAGCAUCAGGAAUGCCUUGGGAUCAUCACAAAAGAAUUAAAGCAGCAUCCCAACCCUGAUGUCUACAUCCUUCGGGCUCGACUUUAUAACUUCUUCCUAAAGCCGAAUCAGUGUUACCAGGAUCUGCACCGGGCCCUAAGGAUUAAGCCUGAGCACCCUGAGGCCAACACAUUGUUGGAGAAAUUGUUGGUCCAGGCCAGAAAGGCCCGGGAGGAAGCAGUGGUCAUGGCCUUGAAGGGGAGCCUGGAGGAUUCUUUGAUCCGGAUCAACUGUGCCAUUGAGAACAGCCCUAUGGAUCCUAGCUACUAUUUGUUCCGGGGCACUCUAUUUCGGAGGCUCAAGGACUUUGAUGCAGCCAUCGAAGAUUUUCUCAAGGCUCUAGAAUUGUGCUCAGAAAAUGAGGAAACUGAGGUUCCUCUGCAGGCCCAGCGCCAGCUACUCCUUACCUACAAUGACUUUGCGGUCCUCUGCUAUACCAAGGGCGCCUAUGAAGAAGGCGUGUUGCUUCUCAACAAGGCCCUACAGGGUGAAAAGGGAGAAAAAGGGAUCUAUAUCAACAGAGGGGACUGCUUCUUCAAGCUUGGGGAGUUGACCUUUGCUGAAGCUGAUUAUCUGGAGGCUCUGGCAUUGUCCCCUUGGGACCAGGGUGCUCGGUACCGCAUGGGCAUGCUUAAGGAAAAGAUGGGGCUUCGCAAGCAUCAGAUGAGACAAUACCACAAGGCUGAAGAAUACUUCACCUCGGCCAUUGAAUAUGGCCCAGACAAAGCCAACUUUUACUUCCUCCGGGCCAGGAGCCGCCUAAUGCUGCAGGAUUUCUUUGGGGCUCGUCAAGAUGUUGCCACCAUGCUGCUCCUCAACCCCCAGCACCCCCAGCUGCCUUCUAUGAUAUCGAACCUCUUCCAGGGCCAGACCAAAGAGGACUUGAUGAACAGCAAGACAAUGGUGAUGGCCAGAGCCAUCCUGGAUCGGGCAAUUCAGAACAAUCUUCGCCAGGCUCCCUCGAAUGUUCUGAGACUUCUGGACAAAAGUAUUCCCAUAGAGGAAAGAAAAACGUGGCAAGACACCACACGCCCUCCGGUGCAGGUCCCUGACUCUGAAGAGAUGGGGCCCAAGGACAAGGGUCCUUCGAUUUCCACAACAAAGCUGGGCCCCAAGUCUCUAAGCAAGAGCAACCUGAAGCAAGCCUCGAAAACAGAAAUGCCUCGAAGGUCCUCAGAGGACUCAGUUGUUAUUGGGGACACCUCCACGUGGGAGGCCAAGACUGCUGACACAUAGACCAAAGUGAAGGCAAAACCAUAAUGGUCUUUU